UUAACCCCAGCAGUGGCUUCAAACAAACGCGUUAGAUGUAUUAUAGUGAUUUUGUGUUAUCUAUAUGGUCAUUUCUAAUAUUAAAUUGUAGCGAAAAAUCAUGAGCGGGCGUGGAAGGGGCAGAGGAGCACUUGCAAGAUGGGAAGCUGCUCAAACUGCGAAAGAAAGUAGCGCGCGAGUUGGAUCUUCGAUUUUGUCUCCUUCUCAAGAAAAUGAGAUCAAACCACAGGUCAAACAGUUUCCAGGCGACUCUGUUAACAAUCACACGCUUGCAAGAGUCACUCAUAUCAUCGAUGUGGAGCACUUUUGGGCCCAGACAGGUACUUCUGAUGAGCUCAAACAGUUUGACACAUACAUCAUGGCUUUGAAUUCAUGGUGUAAUGAACAACAAAGAUCAAGUGUUGAGCAAAUACCCACAUGUGGUCAGGCAGUGUGUGUAUUUCAUUCAAGCACUGGCCAGUGGAGAAGAGGCCAGGUUACUAGGCACAUUAGCAACAGCAUGUUAGAUGUAUUUUACUUGGAUUAUGGACAGUCAGAAUGUGUACCACUGGAUAGAGUUUGUCAUUCCUCUCCAAGUGAUAUCAUGUCUCGCCCAGCACUAGCACGUUAUAUAACACUGGAUGGUGUGAAACCUAUCAAUGCAAGCUGGUCAGAGGAGGAGAAUAAAAGAUUCAGUGAGCUUGUUUCAAGCAGACUUAAAAUCCAUUUUAUUGACAAUUUUAGAGGGAAACUUUAUAUGCGAAAUAGAAAUGGUGAAGAAACUUCAGUGGGUGAUGUGCUUAUCUCUGAAGGCCUUGCUAAGAGUCCUGAAGAUGUUGUAGGUAAAGGAAUAUGGAACAAAGAUAGCAGUAGUCAUCAUCAGAAAGACAGCUCUUUCAGUGCACUGAGUUCUGGUCAGCAGAAAAGAAUAGAUGAACAAUGGAACUCACUCUCAUUCCAUCCACCAGAAUCACAGCAACCAUCCUGGCAGAAAAGCAAUAGUUUCAUUACCACCAAAGAUCCAUUAUCUAAAUUACCCAUUUCUUUUAAAGAACAAUCUUCACAGAGGGAACUAUUUGAUUUAAACAGUAGUGCGUUUAGUCCACCACAAGUACAUCAUGUUGGUGAAUCAAAGAGAGAUACAAAUGCAAUUUCCUUGAAUGAGGUUCCUCUUCCACCAAAGCCAGACUUUGUAAUACAGAAAAAGGAAAAGAACAUUCCUAGAACUUUUGAUAUCAAAAGAACUGAUCCAGAACCAGUGGAAUCACUGCGUUCAACAAGGCCUUACUUGGCCAGCCCAAGUGCAUUUCUCACUCAGAUGCAGACAGGACACAGUUCAACCAACUCAGUAUUUCCAAGCAAUGAAUCAUCUGUGAAGUACCAACCACCUCAUCUGCGAUUUGCACAAACAAAGAUGAAUGAAGCAAAUGUACCCAACACAGAGCCCAAGCUAGAAAAUUUCACCCCCCUCACACAAAGCAGGAACACAUCUUUUCAAUCAGUUCAGAGGUUACCGCAGUCACCUUUCUCAAACUUCUCCUUCAGUCCAAAACAAGUGACAAGUAACAUUGCUGCUCAGUUUCAAACAAACACUGCUCCAUAUUUAGGAGAUACCAAUAAUUCACUGAGGACACAACCACUGCAACAACAAACAUUUCAACCAUGGAAACAGCCUGAGUUUCUCAAAACACAGCCAUUGAAUGAAAAUACCAGAGAUAAAGAAUUGAAAGCAGAGUUGGAGUGGAAAAUAUGGAAGUUUCAACGACAUGUAAAAAAACUUAUUGACCGCAUGGUAGUGGAUGAUGAUGUAGAUUAUCUACCUGAGCUUGGCAAAUUAAUAGCUGACAGCAGAAUAUCUCAGGACUUUCCAGGAGUUUCUGAAGUGUCAAUUACCCUAAAACUAUUACUUGAGAGGGUUAUUGAUAAUGUCAAGUUUCAGAAUGUGGCAGUUAAAGUGUGCACACUAUUAAGAGACUUGCGUACACCUGAUGCUGGUGAUCUUAUCAAUAAAGAGGUGAUGACAUGUCAAGAACAGCUGAUGGAUCAAUCAUCCUUAAGUGAUAUCUGCCAAAGAUGUCAAAGAUUUUCAUCAUUUCUUGGUGAACUUUAUCUGGAGGUUUUACAUGAAGAUGACACUAGUGGUUUGAAGUCAUCAGUUGAUAGUAUCAUUGCAAAUAGUCUCCACAACUGGUUAUCAUUUGAUCAGGCUGAAUCAGUGGCAAUUCACAGUGUUAAAGCAGCAUGUCUGACAGGAUUCUUUAGGAUCACAGGACCAACAGUUGACCAAGCACAAGGGAAUGAUAUCUCAAGAUAUUUUGCUACAAUCAGGGACCUUGUACUGUCACCAGAUCUUGCAGUGCCGGUCAAAAGUACCUUGCUGGACAUUUUAUUGUUACGAGCAUCAGGUUGGAAGAUCAAAGAUGAUGUAGAGAAGCAAAAAUCUGAAGACUUAUCAAUUGACGAUGAAGUGUUGGUUGAGCCUGAAGAUGACCUGACAGAGGAACAGCUCCCAGAGGGCACUGGGAAUGAGAGUGAAGAAUGGGACCCAUACUACAAAGUCAAGUUGAUGUUAGAAAACCUGAAACUGCAGGAUUUGCUGCAAAACUUUUUCGAUAACUGUAUUCGGGACUCUCUCCUCACUGCUGAUUGGGAAGAACUUAAAAGAACUCUGCAGGAGGCUGGAUUUCCCCCUGGAGUUAUUUUGGAAAUAAGAAUGUACUUAGACAAAGGGCUACUGGAGGAAAACGGGAAGAAGAUCUCGAAACCUCCUGCACACCAAACGAUCGAUGCACCAUCUGAUGGAAAAAAUAAAGAGGUGAAGAACGAAGUCCCCAGAUCUCCUUCGCCGUCCAAAUCAAACGAGGGCGGUGUUGCUAUAACCCAAUUGAAUCAGGAGCUGCAGCAACUCAUGAUCGAGGGAAAUCAAGACAAAGGAGGACAAAAAAUUUCUCCAACGAGAAAAAUCAGCCCCGUCAGUCAACAAACAGGACACGAAGGAACACCUUACAGCAGGGUGGGGCCCCGUAAGUAUUUUAGCAGGGCCGAGAGGAGACGGUCAUCAGAGGGCUUACCUGAAGACCUACCUUAUUUAUUACCAGAUUAUGCUGAUAGCUUGUAUGAGAGGAUGGCUCCUUCUCCUCGCGCUCCAGUCGAGCCCGUCAAUAAACGCCCCACCGUGGGAAAAAGUUCGGAAAGUCAAACUACAUCUUCAGUGUCAUACAGUUCUGUACUUAAAGGCGUUUCACAGGAAGCAACUAAAUCUGGGCCAGCCAAAGCAAAAGAAGGUCAGUCCAAGACAUUUUCCCGGCCCCCACCAGGGUUUCCGCCUCUCCCCACCCAUGGAGGGGACACUAAGAUGCACAUGACAGUGCUAGGCAACAAGUCGAAGACAAAAGCCCUCGGGCCAUCAAGUAGUACCCCGCGAAACAACACCCCAAAUAGAGCUGACGCUAGUAUGAACUGGCGAAACGAUAGCCGGCAAGAACCUCUCAACCAAACCGCUAUGCGGCCAAUAAAUCCUCCUUCUGGACAGGGAGUGAACUGGAGAUCGUUUGAUGAUACUUUUUCUCAGACUGAAAAUAAAGCGCCACCGAUGUCUGGAGACUCCAUUGACACUUCUAGCCAGAGAGGAGAAGCACCGCAGGAAGAUCAAGCCUCUGUGAAAUCCGAUGAAUCUAAUGAGCCCCCGCCGAUUAUACAACCCCACCGGGCAUUUGGCCCUGGUGGAUUGAAGUCUUGUGUGAUAUGUGGUAGUAGGGAUCACCUACGGUGUAACGACCGCUCAAAAAUGUUCAUGGACUGAAGAGAACAGUAUUUAACACCGAAGCGCUUUUCGAGUGAGUGUCGUAAAACCAAACCAAUCACUGAGGCUGUUCAGAGCACAGAUGAAAAUGAGAACUCACAGUAAUUAGAAGUAAACGACGUUAAAUGCAUAAAAAUGCAAGUGUCGUUGCCGCAGUUGUUCCAAGUUUUGCAUCUGAUUGAUUUAAAAAGAUGGCAUUACUUUUUUUUAGUGCAAUGAUUUGGUGAAGAAGGAAAUCAAUACAAUCCCACAGUGCUUGUGACGUUAACUUGAGAAUUGCUCCAACGAGAUUUAGCUAUAAUUUCCAAGAUAUCCUUUGACUUUGUUAAAGUUGUUUCGUGUAGUCUGAGCAGAACACGGCUGUCAAAGGAGCUUCUUAUUUAACCCUGUGACUGCUUACAGUGAGUAGCAUCUAGUUUCUCCUUACAAUGUCACCCUUGAAUCAAACCUUAAGGUCAUGAGAAUGAAGGAAUUGAUCAUCAGCUGAAGAAUCUCUUGAUCGUUGAGCAAAUUCACCUUGUCAACACUAUAGGAAGUGUAUAGAGAACAGUAUGGAGAAUAUUCAUAUUGAUGUUAGAGUGUUAAGGGUCAACGGUAGCACCGCGGGAUCUAUUUCUUGAGCACUAUCAUUUCUUGAGUUUACGUUGGCAGCGUCAAGAUCUUUGUUUCUAAGUUAAAGUUAACGCGGUAAUCGAUCAUAUAAGAUUUUUUCCGUUCUAUUCGAGAUUAAACCAACUUAAAACCAGAGCCUAUUUAUAUAAUAAACGUCUAAUUAGUGACUCAA